UUUUUUUUAGUUCCCUUGAAAAAGGUUGAGCGCAGAAUCUGGAAGAAAUACCCGAUCGAAUUAAACUUCUUGCCCUUGGUCAGUUUCGUCUUCCGUCGGCCAUGGCGGAUAGGAUUAUCGCAGUCAUCGUCUCAAAGAUAAUCGAUGCCUUGAUUUAUACUUUCAACAACAUCCAGUCCGAGAACGCCCGUGCCGCUUCCGUGGAGAAAGAUAUCGAUGAGCUCAGUUCAAGAGCGGAGAUGGUCCGAGCCAUACUUUGUGACGCCGAUCGUCGCGGUUCGUCGUCCAACGCCGUUGAAGAUAACGAAAAGAUCCUUCUUUGGCUAAGAGACCAGGAGCUCCUUGUCGUCGACGUAGAGGAUCUACGCGAGGAGUUCAAAACCCUAGCCGUCCUCGCCUCAUCCGAUCUCGAGAACAACCGCAAGCGCAAGCGCAGUUGGAAUCCUUUGUUGGCUUUGCAACGGCCAGACCUCCGUGAUUCUCGGGCAAUGGUGCAGAGAAUUGACGAGAUUAGGAAGAACUUCGAUGCGAUCCGUCGGGACCGGCAAUACCUCGAGCUGGAUAUUGGGGAAAAUUGGCGUGUUCGAGCGAGAAAGCACCGACCUUCUUCGAUAACUGGAUUUAUUCGUAAUGAGCAGAUUGUAUACGGCAGAGACACCGAAAGGGAAGAGAUCAUCCGUCUGCUGAUCUGCAGUGGCGGUGAUGGUGUUCCUGUAAUUUCCAUUGUUGGGAUUGGUGGUAUCGGGAAGACGACUCUUGCCCAGGCCAUCUUCCGAAAUCCACGGGUGGAGAGCUAUUUCGAUCUUAAGAUUUGGGUUUGUUUGGGCCUAGGAGUUGAUGCUGCAGGUGUUAUGACGGAGAUAAUCAGAGCUGUGACAAGGAAAAAUGUCAAUAUCUCGAAUUUUGAUCUUAUGCAAAGCCGACUUAGGGAUAUAUUGCUGGGGAAGAGGUUCCUUCUGGUUCUUGAUGAUGUAUGGAAUGAAGAAUUGUUCUUCUGGGAUAAUUUGCUUGCACCAUUGCACUGUGGGGCACUAGGAAGCAAAGUGCUGGUAACAACUAGGAGUGAAACAGUCUCAAGAAUGAUGAGAGCACUUCGUCGGUUUUGGUUAGAUGCUCUUAAGGAUGAAGAAUGCUGGUUGCUAUUUCGAGAUCAAGCAUUAAGGCAUUUGACUUCAUCUGAUAUGGAGAAAUUGGAGGAUAUUGGAAGGCAGAUGGUAAGGAGAUGCCAGGGCUCUCCAUUUGCUUUGAAGAAAGUGGCUGGCGUAUUACAUCCUGCAACCAGUGAAGAUGAGUUGAGAAUUGCUCUAAAUGCUUUAAAAGACAUAGAGAAGGACGAAUUCAAGAUCUUAUCAGCCUUAAUUGUAAGCUAUGAGCAUCUUCCUCUGCAUCUUAAGCACUGUUUUGCUUACUGUUCAAUAUUUCCUCAUGGUUAUGAGUUUGAUAGGGAUAGGUUAGUCUUGCAAUGGAUUGCUGUUGGAUUCAUCCAAGCAGAUGGGAGAAGACGGGUCGAGGAUAUUGGUUAUGGUUACUUCAAUGAUCUGAUGUGGAGUCUAUUCUUUGAUGCAUUAGGUGGCUAUGGAAAAGAUGAAAACAUUUACAAAAUUCCAGGCGCAAUUCAUGAUCUUGCAAGUUAUGUUUCUAGGCAUAAAUGUUUGAGAGUGGAUUUUCAUGGUGUUCUGCAUGGGGAAUUUGAGAAGGCUCUCUAUGCAUCUUUAAACCAGCACAACAUGGAGCCCAAGACAUUAGAAAAGGUUUACAAAAAUUCUAGACUACGUGCACUCGUAAUACAUGGUGAAGAUAGGGUGGCCUUGGAGCAAGUUCCAUGUGAUCUUUUUAAAAAAUUGAAAUGUUUAAGGGUGUUGAAUUUGAGCAGUACAGAAUUGAAGGAGUUGCCUGACUCAGUUUGUGAUUUGAUCCAUCUGAAGUAUCUUGACCUUUCCAACACCCAGCUAAAAAUACUGCCGGAUACCAUGUGCAAGCUCUAUAAUUUACAGACUUUGGAACUGAGUGAGUGCUAUAAGCUUCUAGAGUUACCAAAAGAAUUCUGCAACUUGGUUAAUCUAAGACAUCUUGGUCUUCAACUUGAUUGGGAAUUUAUGGGCAGAAGGGUUGAUUUGAUAUCCAUGCCACCAGGACUUGGGAGAUUGAAAUCCCUUCAAACAUUAUCUAGGUUUGUGGUGUCAUCAGACAUUGGAUGCUCAAUUGGAGAGUUAAAAAACUUGAACCUCCAUGGAGAUCUUCGCAUCUCUAAACUUGAAAAGGUUAUUAAUUUAAGGCAUGCUGAGGAGGCUGAUUUGAAGUCCAAGCAAUACAUCGAUAGGUUGAUAUUGCAGUGGAGCUGUGAUUCUGGUUUUAAUGAACAAUAUAGUCUAGGAUAUCAGGAAAAUGUAUUGGAACAUCUGUGUCCUCAUCCUAAACUAAAAAGUUUAUGGAUUGAGAAUUAUGAUGGAAGAAAGCUUCCAGAUUGGUUAGAUAAUCCUUCCCUCUGUAGACUACAAAAUUUGAGACUCUCUAAUUGCAGGGGUUGUGAACAUCUUCCACGACUUGGGCUUCUUCCUGCACUUAAGAAUCUCCACUUAGAAGCAAUACAUAGAGUGAAGAAUAUGGGUGAUUUUGUUGCAUUUCCUUUGCUAGAAGUUUUUACUUUACAGGAUAUGCCCAGUAUGGAGAGGUUAUUUGAAACAGCAAAUUGCACAAUUCCUCGCCUGAGUGAACUUUUCAUUUCCAAUUGCCCUAAUCUACUAGAACUCCCUCCAGCUAUUAUUAAUUCACUGCCUAAAUUGGAGAUUAGGAAUUGUCCACGGUUAUCGAAUCAUUAUAGGGUUGAUCCAUAACUGAUAGACCGGUCCCUCCUGGACUGGUUAGGGAGUUAUGGGAGUGAACAUGUGGAAGUUUUGCUUGGAAGUCUUCCGCGCCCUUUGGGGUGGGGCCCGUGAGGGAGUUUUCAAAGGGGGAGAUGGGGGUGAUUAGGAGGGAAAAGGAGGGCUGUUUUGGCAUUGACUAGGUUUGCAUGCUUUAAGUAGGUUUUUUGUGCGAGGGUUUAGUUUUUUUAUGUUUUGAGUUUGUUAAAGUCAGAAGUUAGUUUGUGAGAGCCGGAUCUUCCUCUCCAAUUGAAGAUCCAACUGUAUCUUGUUGUUUUCUUUCCUAAAUAUUGUUAUGAAAAGUUUCGUGGUAUGUUCUUCUU